AAAAAUCGUCUUUCAAAAAUCUCUUCUCGAAACGACGAAACCCUUUCACUUCUUCCCCCGCUCUCUCUCUCUCUCUUCCUCUCCCCAUUUCUACCCCCUUCUCAAAUGUUCGAUCCCGGAAAAGAAGCCUAAACCAAAUCUCAACCCCCAAACCAUCCAUCUAAAACCCUAAUUUCCGAAAAUCUCUGAAUUCGCAGCAGCAAUCAUGCCGCUGUUCCUCUCCGACGAUGAAUUCGAGCGAAUCAAAACCGCCGGAGACGCUUCUGCGGUGGCGGAGAAGGCGGAUUCCUAUAUACGAGACCUAUACGCGAACCUCGAAACCGUAAAAGCCGAAGCUGAUGCCGCCUCCAUCACCGCCGAGCAGACAUGCUCUCUCCUCGAGCACAAGUACCUUUCUCUCUCCGCCGAGUUCUCUGCUCUCGAGUCUCGCUACUCUGAGCUCGAUUCCAAUCUCCAGCAACGAGUUUCGGAACUCGCUCAAGUUCAGUCCGACAAACACCAGCUUCAUCUUAAAUGCAUUGAAAAAGAUGGAGAUAUUGAAAGGCUGUCAAUUGAGGUGAAGGAGCUGCAAAAAUCAAAGAGGCAAGUAGUGGAAUUGGUAGGAGUGAAGGAUGCAGAGAUCAGCGACAAAAAGGCUACUAUCAAGAGUUAUGUUGACAAGAUCACGAGCCUGGGAUCCCGUUCUUCUGACAGGGAAGCUAGGUUGAGCGAGCUCGAGGCAGAGUUGGUGCGCUGUAAGGCUAACUGUGACAAACUAUUGCAGGAGAAGGAGCUGAUCGAAAAGCACAACACUUGGCUGAACGAGGAACUAACCAUAAAAGUUGACAGUCUGCUGGACCAGCAUAGGAGAAGUGCAGACAUCGAGGCUGAUUUUUCGAUGAAAUUGGCUGAUAUGGAAAAACAGUUCAAUGAAUGCACUACUUCUUUGAGUAGGCACAAGGAGAUGGUCAGAGAGCUUGAAUCGAAGGUAGAAUCUUUGCAUCGGGAGUUAUGUUCUGCCCGAGAUGAUGCUUCUGCUUCCGAACAACAAUUUUCAGCACAAAUCUCAACCAUUUCUAAACUUGCUGAUCUGUACAAGGAGAGUUCUGAGGAGUGGUCCAAAAAGUCUGGCGAAUUGGAGGGAGUGAUAAAGGCUUUGGAAACCCAUUUAAGUCAAGUGGAAAGUGAUUACAAAGACAAACUUGAGAAGGAAACUGCCGCUAGGAAGGAGGCGGAAAAGGUGACUGUAGAGUUGAAGGAAAAACUUGUAAAAUGUGAGGCAGAACUUGAGUCAAGUAGAAGAGCUAACGAGCUGGAUAUUAUUCCAUUGAGUAGCUUUACCACUAAAGACUUGAUGUACACUUCCAACACAAAUGAUAUUGUUGGAGAUAAUCUAGCAAUUGUACCUCAUAUCCCAGCAGGUGUCUCAGGAACAGCACUGGCAGCGUCCCUGCUCCGAGAAGGUUGGAGUUUAGCUAAAAUGUACACACAGUAUCAGGAAGCCGCAGAUGCAUUGCGACAUGAGCAGUUGGGCAGAAAGCAAAGUCAAGCAAUUUUGGAGCGAGUUCUUCUUGAAAUAGAGGAGAAGGCUUCUGUCAUCUUGGAUGAAAGAGAAGAACAUGAUAGGAUGGCUGAAGCUUAUGCUUUGAUGAAUCAGAAGUUGCAACAAUCUAUUUCUGAGAAAGUUAAUUUAGAUAAAGUUAUCCUUGAAUUGAAGGCAGACUUAAAGAAGCGUGAGCGUGAGUGUACUUAUGCGCAGAAGGAGAUCAAGGAUCUUCAGACUCAGGUUACCAUCCUUCUAAAAGAAUGCCGUGAUGUACAACUGCGUUGUGGACUUGAUAGCAAUGAAUACAUGAAUGAUGAUGUAGCUGCUCUGUCUGACAUUGAUGAUGAAUCUGAUACUCAGAAGGUUAUUUCUGAGCACUUGGUCUCUGUUAAGGAUAUUAAGGGAUUGGUUGAGCAAAACGCUAAGCUUCGCAGUUUAGUACGCAGCUUUUCCAAUGAUAUUGAGAAUAAAGAGCUGCAGCUAAAAGAACAAUAUGAGGAGGAGCUCCAGAAGCACAAGGAGGAGGCUGCCUCUAAGGUUGCUGCAGUCCUAGAAAGAGCUGAAGAGCAAAGACAAAUGAUUGAGUCACUGCACUCAUCUGUAGCUAUGUACAGGAGAUUGUAUGAGGAGGAACAUAGACUCCGCUCUUCUCAACCUCUAUCAACUGAAGCACCCUCCACAGCUGGUAGCAAGGACUUCAUGUUGCUUCUAGAAGGAUCCCAGGAAGCCACAAAGAGGGUUCAAGAGCAGGCCGGUGAACGUGUCCGGUUCCUUGAAGAGGAGUUAGCUAGCCGGAAGGCUGAGAUCAUAUCUUUGCGUUCUGAGAGGGAUAAGAUUGCCUUAGAAGAAAAUUUUGCCCGAGAGAAACUUGAGAGGUUUAGGAAAGAAUUUGAUCAUCUAAGGGAGGAAAUGAAUGGAGUUUUAGCACGGAACAUUGAGUUCUCUCAGCUCAUAGUUGGCUACCAAAAGAAGCUGCGGGAAGGUGCUGAAUCUGUGAGCACAGCUGAGGAGCUCACACGGAAAUUGAACAUGGAGCUUUCUGUUCUAAAGCGUGAAAAGGAUUUGCUUCUGAACUCUGAGAAAAGAGCUCAGGAUGAAGUUCAAGAUUUGUCUAAGAGGGUAUACCGACUCCAAGCUACUUUGGAUACCAUACAAAGUACAGAGCAAGUAAAUGAGGCAGCCAGAGCUGAAGAGAAGAGGAAGCAGGAAGAGUACAUAAAGAAGAUUGAAAGAGAAUGGGCCGAGGUCAAGAAGGAGCUUCAGGAGGAAAAGAACAAAGUUCAGACACUUUCACUGGACCAUGAUCACACUAUUAAGGAUGGCAUGAUACAAGUUGAAAAUUUGAGGAAGGAAUUAGCCUCAGCAUUGCAAGUUGUUAAAGAUGCUGAGGUUAGGGCUGCUGUGGCUGAAGCACGAUAUGCUGAUCUUGAAAGAAAAUUGAAAUCCUCUGAAGUUGAGGUUUCUGAGCAAGACGGUAGGUCGAUACCUUUGUCCUCUUCAGCGGCUGAGAUUUUGGGGGAUGUAGGUUUUAGAGAAGAGAUUGAACGAUUAAAAGCAGAAUCUCAGGCCAGCAAAGAUCACAUGCUUCAGUAUAAGAGCAUUGCUGAAGUGAAUGAAGCUGCACUGAAAAAGAUGGAAAGUGCUCAUGACAACUUUAGGAUUGAGGCUGAACAAUCGAAAAAGUCUCUUGAAGCAGAAAUCCAGUCACUCAGAGAUCGUGUUCGUGAACUUGAAAAUGAAUAUACUUUAAAGUCUGAAGAAGCUACCUCUGUAGUCGUUCAAAAAGAUGAAGCUCUUGCAUCUGCUUUGGGAGAAAUUAACAACUUGAAGGAAGAAACUUCAAACAAAGUUUCUCAGCUUGCAGCUUUGGAAGUUCAGUUUACUAUGUUGAAAGAUGAUCUGGAGAGGGAGCACCAACGAGCACUUGCAGCUCAAGCUAAUUAUGAAAGACAGGUUAUAUUACAAUCAGAAACUAUACAGGAAUUGACAAAAACGUCACAGGCUUUGGCUUCUCUUCAGGAGGAAGCAUCUGUACUACGAAAAACAGUUGCUGCUUUCAAAUCUGAAAAUGAUGAGCUCAAGGCGAAGUGGGACGUUGAGAAGUCAAAGAUGGAGAAGUCACGGAGUGAAGUUACAAAAAAGUAUGAUGAACUUGAUGAACAAAAUAAAGUCUUGCACUGUCAACUUGAGGCAGUACAUAUGAAAUUAGCUGGGAAAGAUGGCGAUGCUGUUGGAGUAGGUACUGACUCACAAAGUGACGAUGGCUUGCAUAGGGUAGUUAGCUAUCUCCGGCGCUCGAAGGAGAUAGCAGAAACUGAGAUCUCAUUGUUAAAACAGGAGAAACUGCGCCUGCAGUCUCAGCUCGAGAGAGCCCUAAAGGCAGCUGAGGCAUCAGAAGCGUCACGUAGUGCAGAGCGUGCAAAUUCUAGAAACUUGUUGUUCACAGAGGAUGAGUUCAAGGCCUUGAAAAUUCAGGUGAGUGAAAUGAAUUUGCUGCGGGAGAGCAAUAUGCAACUUAGAGAGGAGAAUAGGUAUAACUUCGAGGAGUGUCAGAAACUGCGGGAAGUUGCACAAAAGGCUAAAGUUGAGGCUGAUAAUAUUCAGAACCUUCUUAAAGAGAAAGAAUUCGAAGUUGAAACCCUCAAGAAAGAUAUUGAACUGCAGAGGAAUGAGAAAGAUCUUUUGGAAAGGAGGAUUUCUGAUAUGCUUGAAAAAUCCAAAAGCAUUGAUAUAGAGGACUAUAAUCGAUUGAGAACUGAGGUUGAGAAGCUGCAGGCCACUCUGAAGGAAAAGGAUGCUGUUAUAGAAGAAACAAGAAAACUUGUUUCUCAGAAAGAAGAAGUAAUAGCAAAAUUAGAGCAAGACCUUUCACGAACCAAGCUGGAGUUGACUGAAAGGGAGAACCGCCUUUCUCAAACUGAGGCUAGUUUGAAAUUAGAUGCGGAUAAGCAAAGGAGGCUUGUUCUUCCUUAUAGGCGAAGAAUUGAAUCGCUUAACAAGGAGAAGGAUGCACUCUCCAAAGAGAAGGAAGCACUCUCCAAAGAGAAGGAAGCACUUUCCAAAGAGAAGGAAGCACUUUCCAAAGAGAAGGAAUCACUUUUGACAGAGAAGAAAGCGCUGUUAAAGGAAAGGGAAUCAUGGGCGAAAGAUAAGGAACUGCUAAUCAAGGAGAAGGAUGAUGUUAGCAAAGAGAAGCAAGCUGUCUCCAAACAGUUAGAGGAUCUCCGUCAGGAGAAGAAAUCUGCAGGAGACACCCCUGUUGACCCAGCAAUGAGAGAAAAGGAGAAAGAAAAAGAUGCCAGGAUGCAGAUCUUGGAGAAUACUGUAAAGAAAGAAAAAGAGAAGCGGAUGAACAAUGCGAAAGCUAUUUUUGCAAAAGCUAAUAUUGUUGAACUAGAAAAGAAGAAGUUUGAAGAUGAAUUGGGAAAGCAUCAGGGGGCCUUGAGGAAGAUUUCAGAUCAGCUUGAAAAGCUGAAGAAUGCGAAGGAUAACCUUCCAGAGGGAACCUCAGUGGUUCAGCUUUUGUCUGGAACUAACUUGGAUGACCUAGCCUCAGCUUAUGUAUUGGCUGUUGAAAACUUUGAGAGGGAAGCUCGUGCAGUUUUCAAUGAUGUUGGGAACCAGGUUGCUGUCAAUAACUCUUCAGCCGCAGAUACAACUCCAUCUGUAGCUGGUAGCUCUCCGGCACCCCCUGCUGAAGUUACAAUGGCUCCUGCAACUUGCCCACCCACAAAAGUAACUGAAGAAAGAGAAAAAAGAGUUUUGAAAACCAUGGUUGAAACAAGAAAAACUGGGAGGAAGUUGGUUCGACCUCGACUUAACAAAUCUGAAGAUUCUCAGCGUGAUGUUGAAAUGUCAGAGUUGGAUGGCAAGAAUGUGGGGAAGCCUGGCGUAGCAAUACAGGCCUCUGUCCCUUUGUCCAGCGAACCUCUGAUUCGGAAACGCCCUGCUUCUCCAUCUCCAUCUCCAUCUGAGCUGCAAUUGGAAUCACUUUUGCCUGGAGAUUCUAGCUCCGAUGUGCUUGCACCUGCUCUUAAAAGGUCCAAAGGCUUAGAACCUGUUCAAGAGGAUGUUCAAGCACCCUCUGCUGCUCAGGACAAUGUUGAAGUUGUUCCAACAGUUGAAGAAUUACUCGAUGCAGCUGCUGAUUUGCCUCAAGAUUCAGUUGAGGAAGCUUCUGAUUUUGGGAAGGAUGAUUUUGAACCUUUUCAAGUACUCGAAAACGAGCCUGGAGAAUCUCACCAACCAGAUGAGGAAAAGCCAGCAGAUACACUCAGAGAUAGUGACAUUGUUGAUGAAGAACAUGAUGGCAAGCUAAGUGAGGCUGAUCUAAUGCUGGAUGAUCUAUCUAAUAUGCAGGCUGAGCAAGAUGGUCAGCAGCAUGUGACUGAUGUUUCUGACCGAGAAGAAGGAGAAAUGCAUCCAGAAGGUUCAGACCUUGAAGGUGGAGAUGACAUAGCUAUCAUGGGAAAUCAAGAUGCAUCUGAAGUUCAGGCUGAUCAUUUAACUGAAGCUUCAAUCCUGUCACCUGCUCCAAAUGAUGAUGACCCCAUAGCUGUUGUCAAUAUGGAGGUCAAUGAAACAAAUUCACCCGAGAUUUCAAAUGCCAAUGAACAGAUUGAAGAUGGGGAACUAGCCGAAGAUGUUUUCGAACAUUCAAAUAAAUCUGUUGAUGAUAACGAUCAAAUUGUUGAGGAUGUUGAAAACAACAGUGAACCUGGUCCUGGUGCUGCUGAAGAUAAUUUGGGUUCUGUGGAAUCUCCUACUAUCAGAGAAGAUAUUCCCGCUGACAACGAGCCUUUAAAUAUGAGAACAACCUCAACAACAAUAACGAUAGCUGAGAGAGCUAGGGUUCGGGCAGCAGAAAGGCUCGGAAUUCCCCCUGUUACCCCUGUUUCAGAUUCUAGUCACCCUACUUCAUCUCCUGCUGUGAGAAGAGGGCGAGUAAUGACAAGAAGAGGUGCCCGGGGUAGCCGUGGUGGGCGUAGGCCAAGUUCUGGUGAUCAGAGCUAAAGCUAAAGGCCAAUCAACUUCCUGCUAGCCCUGUCUACUAAUCGCUUUGCUGCUUGUGCAAUGUGGAGUUAAUUCCGAUCAAAGAGUGCAGGGGAAAGAGAGUUGUAAAGCAACAUCUUUUUCUGUGAAGGCAUGAAUGCUGUACAAAGGUAUUCGAGCAAGAUCCAUGGGCAUUUAAACUAGAUUCAUGGAUACUCGUAUCAUUUUGUGUAGGUGUAGUAGUAAGUAGGUAACAAGCAUCAUCUGUUGCAAGGACAUCAUGAACCUUUUUUUGGCAAUCUUACGCUACUGUGCUGAGGCUUCCGGAAAUUAUUUUUGAAUGGUAAACCAACUAAGCACCAAAGUGUGUUGCAUAGAACUUGCAUUUGAAUAUUUUGUUAAAUCUAUAACAUACAUAUCUAGCCAAAUAUUAUGUUGCAUGGUAGUUGUGAUAUAUUUAAAAGAAGUGGUGGGGGUAUAAUUUGUGUUUUGAUGGUUAAUUUCAGAGUCAGAGUAUUACUGGAGUUUCUUA